UCAGGCCGGGCGGGCGUGUGGGUGAAGACAAACUUGAGCCGAGCAGCUGAGCGAUCAGCUGGCGAGCCGGAGAGGAGCCGCCAUCUUCGAUAAAUGAGAGGCGAGUGCGGCCGGGUCCAGCAGCCGACGCUACAUUCGCGACCCUCGGAGGAAGCCUUGCACCCCUCGCUUUUACUCCCCGUGCAAUGUCAGCCAUGAACCCCGAGUAUGACUACUUGUUCAAACUGCUUCUGAUUGGUGACUCUGGAGUUGGGAAAUCUUGUCUGCUGCUCCGGUUUGCUGAUGACACAUACACAGAAAGCUACAUCAGUACGAUUGGUGUUGACUUCAAAAUCCGAACCAUAGAAUUAGAGGGAAAAACUAUUAAGCUACAAAUUUGGGACACAGCAGGACAGGAGCGAUUCAGAACCAUCACUUCCAGUUACUACAGAGGAGCACAUGGUAUUAUUAUAGUGUAUGAUGUUACAGAUCAGGAUUCCUUCAAUAAUGUUAAACAGUGGCUGGAAGAAAUAGCUCGCUAUGCUAGUGAAAAUGUGAACAAAUUACUAGUGGGUAAUAAAUGUGACUUGACCAGUAAGAAGGUGGUGGAUUAUACCACAGCUAAGGAGUAUGCUGACUCGCUUCAAAUUCCAUUUUUGGAAACCAGUGCAAAAAAUGCCACCAAUGUUGAACAGGCAUUUGUGACGAUGGCCGCUGAGAUCAAGAAUCGGAUGGGCACUGGUCCUACACACAAUGAUGAGAAAUCCAAUAUCCGAAUCCAGAGCACUCCCUUGAAGCAAGGCAGUGGAGGAGGUGGCUGCUGCUAAGGGCAGGAAAGCAGAGACAGAUCCAUUCCUGUUGCACCAUAUAUUACAAACUACAGCAUUCGUCUCCUGAGCAGUAAUGGUUUUAACGUAAUUGCCCAUUGAUUUGUGCCCAUUCUUGGCAGAUCCUUUCCGCCCAAAUGGACAUGAGACCAAUUGGAAACUCCAGGAAAACUUUGUCUUACUUGUCUUGAAAGUUCUUGUCUGUUUUGAAACACUUGGAUUGUAAGAUUUUGUAGUACUGUUUCUUUCUCCCUUUCCACAAGGUUUUCGUUGCACUGGGGUCAAGACUAACUCAAUAGCCAGAUUCGGGGUUUAGUCAUACUCCACCUUUUAGUGCAAAGUUGAGGAACGAAGUGAAGGAAAGUAAAAUAAACAUUUUUUUUUAACCUGGGAAUAAGCCCUUUGCAUGUCAAUAUAAUUGCAUUGGGAACUAUAAAAGUUGGCAGAUGUGCAGGAUUGACUCAUUUGCAGCAAGGUGACUUCCAUAUUGAAUCGCUAUCUUCCAGUACUUUAAAUCAUUUUCAGUAGUUUCUGUCUCUGUUUUAAGUGUUGAAUCCACUCCUCCUGGAAGCGUUGCAUCACCUUUCUAUCACUGCUCACAUUAAGCCAAGCCAGGCAGACUGGCUAUUAUCAAAUGUAACAUUGGCUCUUUACUAAUUAACUUCUAUUUGCUCAAUCAGCAUGGAUAUUCAACGUAUUGAUGUUUAGCCUGCCCACUUACAUUGCUAAUUUGAUCACUUUAAGAUGUGACAUUACUCCUAUCCCACAAUGUGAAAUAAUUCACUUGCACAUUGAAUGUCCAAGUUGUGUUUAAGCUACCAGAAUGAUGUAAUGCUGAAUGGACCAAGUACAACUAGCCAGUUUUGGGGGGAAAAUACAUAAAACACAACAGGAAAAUGGUUGGAUGUAGCUUGCCCAGAUUGGUUUUCAUGUUCGCAGUUGGGGGGGGGGGUGGGCGGUAGGAAGAGGAGAACAUGGAGGGUGGGAGUGAA